GUUAUUGCCGUAUUGACGUGGCUGACCAGAACAAACAACACGCGACAGAUACUUUCAGAGAGGAUAGUUGCAGAGAAAACAGAGUUCUUCAUAGAUCUUCAUCAUUCCCACUAGAUCUUCAUCAUCUUUCUAAUUCAUUCCAAUGUUAGGAAGUUCUUCAUCAUUUCCAGUCUCUACUUCUACCACCAGCUAUCAUGUGUUUCUCAGCUUCAGAGGAGAAGACACGCGUAAAAACUUCAUCAGUCACCUUUAUGCAGCACUGCAAAGGAAACGCAUCAAAGCAUAUAUUGAUGAGAGAGCACAAAAGGGCGAAGAAAUUUCGCUUGCACUCCAAACUGCGAUAGAAGAAUCAAAGAUCUAUGUCCUGGUUUUCUCCGAAAACUAUGCAUCUUCCACGUGGUGCUUGAAGGAACUGACUAUGAUACUGAACUGCAAGAAGAGAUAUGGAAGGGACGUGAUACCGGUUUUCUACAAAGUGGAUCCAUCAACUGUCAGGAAGCAGGAAGAAAGAUACAAAGAAGCAUUCGAAGAGCAUGAACAGCUGUUUAAGGACGACAUGGAGAAAGUGCAAGGAUGGAAGGAUGCUCUAACCGAAGCUGCUGGACUCUCCGGUUGGGAUUCAAACGUUAUCAGGUCAGAAAACACACUUGUUGAAGGAAUUGUGGAAGAUAUUAUGAGAAAAUUGAAUCUUUAUUCCAUUAGUUAUAAUCCAGGAACUAUCGGCAUUGAAAAACAUAUUGAAAGCAUUCAGUUAUUGAUGCAUUUUGAGUCAUCAGAUAUUCGGAUCAUAGGAAUUUGGGGCAUGGGAGGAAUAGGAAAAACUACAAUUUCUGAACAAAUAUAUCACACAUUUACAAUGCAAUUUGAUUCCAGAAGCCUUGUUUUAGACACUCAAGAAAAAAUAAAAAGAGAUGGAAUAGACGCUGUCAGAAAAAAAUAUAUGCCCGAGCUUCUAAAUGAAGUACCAUCCCUCAAAGGAAUGAGGAUUCUCAUCAUUCUUGAUGAUGUUACUGAUUCGGUUCAACUUAAACAAUUGCUAGGAAGGUGUGAUAGUUUUGGACAAGGCAGUAGAAUCAUUAUAACCAGUAGAGACAAACAAGUGUUAAAGAAUGCUGGAGCUGAUGACAUCUACGAAGUUAAGGAGUUGAAUUUUCCUGAUUCUCUGAAACUUUUUAGUUUACAUGCUUUUAAACAAAACUCUUCACAAGAAACAACGUACAUGGACUUGGCAGAAGAGGUGUUGAGAUAUGCAAAAGGAAUUCCAUUAGUUCUCCAAAUUUUGGGCUCAUUACUUUACGGAAGAACAAGAGAAGCAUGGGAAAGUCAGUUGCAAAAGUUGAAAAAAAGCCAACAUCUUAAAAUUUUUAAUGUAUUAAAAUUAAGUUAUGAUGGGCUUGAUGACGAGGAAAAGAAUAUAUUUCUUGACAUCGCUUGCUUUAAUAGGGGAUACGAAGAGAGCCUGGUAAUAGAAAGAUUAGACGACUGUGGUUUUUCUUCUAAAAUUGGAAUGGAUGUUCUCAAAGAUAGAUGUCUAAUAUCUAUCGUUAAUGGUAGAAUUGAAAUGCAUGAUCUAAUACAAGAAAUGGGUCAAGAAAUUGUUCGUCAGUGCCCUCAAUAUCCUGAAAAAUGCAGUCGAUUGUUUAAGGCUGACGAGAUUCUUGAGGUUUUAAAAAAGAACAAGGGGUCAGAUGCAAUUCAGUGUAUCUUACUAGAUUUGGCAGAAAUAAAAGAAGUUAUAGUACAUGGACAAACUUUCCAAAAGAUGGAUAAUCUUAGGAUGCUUAUACUCGAUGAUUAUUUUCGUAUUGGAAUUCUACGGGAAUCCAAAGUGUCUCUUGCAUCAUCUCUUGUAAGUCUACCAGACUCUUUAAAGAUUCUUUCUUGGAAAAGUUUCCCUCAAAGAUCUUUACCACCAGACUUUUGCCCAAAAAAUCUAGUGAGACUCGUAAUGCCAUACUGCCAUCUUGAACAACUUUGGGAAGAAGAUCAGAGUUUACCGAAGUUGAAAAGGCUCGACCUGAGUUAUUCUGAGAAACUUACUAGAAUACCAGACCUUUCCCAGUCACCAAAUAUUGAAGAAAUAAUUCUCAGUCAUUGUCCAAAGUUGAUUAAAGUUCACUCUUCCAUAUUACUCACCAAGCUCACUUCUUUACGUUUAGAUAGAUGUUAUAAUCUCAAUAGUGUAACUGUUCCCAGCAAUAUUCUAUCUAGAUCACCAGGAUCCAUUAAUCUUUCAUGUUGUUCGAAUCUUGAAAUGUUUUCAACCAGUCAAACCCCAAUAUCUUAUUCUCCACCAUCGUCAUCAUUAAUUGGUCCAAUAUUCCCUCAUGUGAAACUGGGGCGUCAAUUGCAACGUGGGCAUUCCAUAGAGGCGCACUCGGCUACAAGUGAAAAUCCCUCAAGAUCGUAUUACAGUAGAAUUUUCUCCAUUACUUAUUGGGAAGCGGAUGAAGAAAAAGAAGUGACUAAUAAUAAUAUAUACCUAUAUGAUGAAAUGUCGGAACAACUCUUUGAAGGUGUGUCCUUAAAUUUUCGAAGUCCCAAGGAGCUCUGUUUCUUAGAUCUCUCGAACUGUUCUUCCCUUACAAUAUUUCCAUUUGACCUUUCUGAGAUGAAAUUCCUAAAGGAACUUUAUCUCAGUGGUUGCUCAAAAUUGGAAUAUUUCCCAGAGAUUGAGGAUACGAUGGAAAAUUUGGCGGUUCUAAUCUUAGACGACACAGCCAUACAGGCACUACCUUCAUCCUUGUGGCGUUUGGUAGGGCUUCAACAACUGAGUUUGCGGGAUUGCAGGAAUCUUGAGAUUAUUCCAUCUUCCAUUGGAAGCCUCACCAGACUAUGCAAGUUAGACCUUACCUACUGUGAAUUACUUCAAAGUUUUCCAAACACCAUUUUCAAAUUGAAGUUGAGGAACCUUGAUUUGUGUGGUUGCUUUAAGUUGAGGACCUUCCCAGAGAUCACGGAGCCGACACAAACUUUUACUCAUAUAAAUUUAACAGAAACGGCUAUCAAAUAUCUGCCUUCCUCAUUUGACAAUUUGGUUAAUCUUCGAUCCCUGCAGCUCAACAAAUGCAGGGAUCUCGAAUCACUCCCAAACUCCAUUGUUAAUCUAAAACAUCUCUGUAAACUUGAUUGUUCGGGGUGUGCCAAAUUAACAGAAAUCCCAACGCACAUUGGUAGCCUCUGGUCAUUAAUGGAACUGUCACUGAGUGAGAGCGGAAUCGUGAACCUUCCUGAAAGCAUUGCUCAUCUUUCAAGCAUGAUAUUACUUGAUUUAAGCGACUGCAAAAAUCUUGAAUGCAUCCCACAGAUUCCACUGUUUCUAAAACAACUGGUGGCAUUGGAUUGCACAUCAAUUAGAAGAGUGAUGUCAAAUCGAAACCUCUCAGAUUCAAAGGAGGAUGUCUUCAUAUUUCAUUUGACCAAUGCCCAACAACUGGAUUUAGGUGCUCGUGCUAACAUUGAGGAGGAUGCAAGGCUCAGGAUGACCCACGAUGCAUAUACGUCUGUGUUCUUCUGUUUUCCAGCGAGUGCAAUUCCUCAUUGGUUUCCUUUUCGCAGCGAAGGACCUUCAGUGACUAUAAAUGAAGAUUUAAGUUUCUGCAGCGAUGGCAGGCUCAUUGGUUUCGCUUUGUGUGUGGUUUUUGGAGUGUUAGAUACGAAUGAUAUUAAUAGCAGAUACAGUUCUUUUGUUUACAGCCUAACAUUUGAAUGUGAUGAUGAUGGCACACAGAUAAUUCCAAAUAGUAAUGUGUUAGAUAACUAUUUCCCAGGGCGUUAUAGUCACAGAGUCCUUGAUAAAGAUCACAUAUUUAUGUGGAAAUUUAACUUGGAGAGCCUAAGGGGGAGCAGCAUGAACCUUAGGCUCUGUGAUGCUCGCAGCUUCACUUUUGAGAUCGAUUAUAACUUUGAGUUUGAGUGGUCAGAUUACGUCUCCUUUGUGACAAUAAAAGAAUGCGGAAUGUGCCCUCUUUAUAGCAGCGAAAGCAAUGUUGCAGAAUCUUCAAGAUAUUUUGUGAAAAUUGAAUGGCUUCUCCAAAAGUUGGUUUGGUUUUUAUUAUGUGACAGAGCAGCAGAGAUGACUUUGGGUAGAAAUGAAUUGCAGAGAAAGAAGAGAGAAUUGAUUUCGAUGGCAGAGAGUUCUUCAUCAUUCGCUGGGUCCGCUUCUCCCACCAGGUACGAUGUGUUUCUGAACUUCAGAGGGGAAGACACUCGUGAGAACUUCAUUAGUCACCUUUAUGCAGCGCUGGAGAGGAAGCACAUUGAAACAUAUAUUGAUUACAGACUACAAAGGGGCGAAGAAAUUUCACCUGCACUGCAAACUGCAAUAGAAGAAUCAAAGAUCUAUGUCCUGGUUUUCUCCGAAAACUAUGCAUCUUCGACGUGGUGCCUGAAUGAGCUCACUAAGAUACUGGACUGCAAGAAGAGAUAUGGAAGGGAUGUGAUACCCAUUUUCUACAAGGUGAAUCCAUCAACUGUCAGGAAGCACGAAGAGAGAUACAAAGAUGCAUUCGAAGAGCAUGAACUGCGGUUUAAGGAAAACAUGGACAAAGUGCAAGAAUGGAAAGAUGCUCUAACCGAAGCUGCUGGCUUCUCAGGAUGGGAUUCAAACGUUAUCAGGUCAGAAAACUCACUUGUUGAAAAAAUUGUGGAAGACAUUUUGGAAAAAUUGGAUCUUUAUUCCAUUAGUUCUGAUCGAGGAAUCAUCGGCGUUGAAAAACAAAUUGAAAGCAUUCGGUUAUUGAUGCAUUUUGAGUCAUCAGAUAUCCGGAUCAUAGGAAUUUGUGGCAUGGGAGGAAUAGGAAAAACUACAAUUUCUCAACAAAUAUAUCACACAUUUGCAAAGCAAUUUGAUUCCAGAAGCCUUGUUUUAGACACUAAAAAAAAAAUAGAAAGAGAUGGAAUAGACACUGUUAGAGAAAAAUAUAUGUCUGAGCUUCUAAAUGAAGUACCAUCCCCUAGUUUAUUAUACUACAGUGAAAGACUCAAACGAAUAAGGAUUCUCAUCAUUCUUGAUGAUGUUACCGAUUCACUACAACUUAAACAAUUGCUAGGAAGGCAUGAUAGUUUUGGACAAGGCAGUAGAAUCAUUAUAACCAGCAGAGACAGACAAGUGUUAAAGAAUGCUGGAGCAUAUGACAUCUACGAAGUUAAGGAGUUGAAUUUUCCUGAUUCUCUAAAACUUUUUAGUUUACAUGCUUUCAAACAAAACUCUUCACAAGAAACAACGUACAUGGACUUGGUAGAAGAGGUGUUGAGAUAUGCAAAAGGAAUUCCAUUAGUUCUCCAAAUUUUGGGCUCAUUAAUUUAUGGCAGAACAAGAGAAGCAUGGGAAAGUCAGUUACAAAAGUUGGAAACAUGCCAACAUCUUAAAAUUUUUAAUGUAUUAAAAUUAAGUUAUGAUGGGCUUGAUGACGAGGAGAAGAACAUAUUUCUUGACAUCGCUUGCUUUUAUAGGAGAGUCAAGGAGAGUGUGGUAGUAGAAAUACUAGACGACUGUGGUUUUUCCUCUAAGAUUGGAAUGGAUGUUCUAAAAGAUAGAUGUCUAAUAUCUAUCUUGGAUGGUAGAAUUGAAAUGCACGAUCUCAUACAAGAAAUGGGUCAAGAAAUUGUUCGUAAAGAGUGUUCUCAAUAUCCAAGAAAACGCAGUCGAUUGUUCAAGGCUGACGAAAUUCAUGAGGUUUUAGAAAAGAGCAAGGGGUCAGAUGCAAUUCAGUGUAUCUUACUAGAUUUGCGGGAAAUAAAAGAAGUUAUAAUACAUGGACAAACUUUCCAAAAGAUGGAUAAUCUUAGGAUGCUUAUGCUCGAUGAUUUUCGUUAUGGGCAUCUAUGCGAAUCCAAAGUGUUUCUUGCAUCAUCUCUUGUAAUUCUACCAAACACUUUAAAGAUUCUUUGUUGGAAUGGUUUCCCUCAAAGAUCUUUACCACCGAACUUUUGCCCACAAAAUCUAGUGAGACUCGAAAUGCCAAACUGCCAUCUUGAACAACUUUGGGAAGAAGAUCAGAGAAGGCGUUAUGAAAUCCUGAGGAGCUACUGCAUUUGAAAGGGUAAUAGGAGCGUCGUAUAUCAUUGUAUUAGGAUAGAGCUGUCAAACCAGAAAUUUCUGUUUGGUUAAUGUGGAAGAGUGAAGAUGAUAACAAGUUAUUAUUUGUUGAUCUUGGCCUGUGAUGGUUAAUUCUUUAUAAUUAUAGUUUCACUGUAAAGUUGAAGACAGUUUAUUUGAAUUUAUAAUCUUAUUGAUUUC